AUGAGGAAAGGGAAGACUGAGAUAAAGAGGAUUGAUAACGCUGACAAUAGGCAUUUCACGUUCUUUAAGAGGAAAGGAGAGCUUCUGACAAAGGCAAAUGAGCUCACCAUUCUCACUGAUGCGGAGAUCGGCCUUAUUAUCUUCUCUAGCAGUGGAAAGCUCUACGAAUACCACAGUCCGAGCGCAAGCAUGGAAGAGAUCAUUAAUAAAUAUGGUAAAACUACCAACAUCAACUUGGAGGACCUUAACCACCAGCAGCAACUCCAUAGUGAGAUGGUGAAAAUAAGGCAAGAAAUCGAUGAGCUUCAGAUGAGAAUUAAGCAGUUUACUGGUGAAAACAUGACUGGCCUAAGAUGCAUUCGUUUAAGUUGCAAGAGACCAAGCCUAAUCUGCAAGGGAGUGGCCUUCGCCAUGAUCAUGAACUCGAGCUCUGGAAUGCAUGCUUCUGCUAUAAUUAAUUAG